UAAUGACAGAGUCCGGGUUUCCGGUUCCGGCAGCGCCGGGAUCCGAGUCGAGAUGGAGGAAGAUGCGACCGGAGGCCCCCACUCGCUGCAUACGGAGGGUCGAGCCGGGGCUGCGGCCUAGAGGUCCGGGCUUGGCGUGCGCCUCAGACGCGGGAGAACCGCCGGGGUCUGAGAAGCUCUUCAGGCGCAAUGGAGGACAAACGCAACAUCCAGAUCAUCGAGUGGGAACACCUGGACAAGAAGAAGUUCUACGUGUUUGGUGUGGCCAUGACAAUGAUGAUCCGGGUCAGUGUCUACCCGUUCACACUUAUCCGCACACGACUGCAGGUUCAGAAGGGAAAGAGCCUCUACCAUGGGACUUUUGAUGCCUUCAUCAAGAUCCUGCGAGCAGAUGGUGUGACUGGCCUGUACCGGGGGUUCCUGGUCAACACCUUUACCCUUAUCUCUGGUCAGUGUUAUGUCACCACCUAUGAGCUCACCCGGAAGUUUGUGGCUGACUACAGUCAGAGCAACACAGUCAAAUCACUGGUGGCUGGUGGCUCAGCCUCUCUUGUGGCCCAAAGCAUCACUGUGCCCAUCGACGUGGUGUCCCAGCACCUGAUGAUGCAGCGCAAGGGUGAGAAAAUGGGCCGCUUCCAGGUGCAUGGGAACCUAGAAGGACAAGGGAUUGUUGCCUUUGGCCAGACUAAGGACAUCAUCAGGCAGAUCCUGCGGGCUGACGGGCUUCGUGGCUUCUACCGAGGCUAUGUGGCUUCACUGCUUACCUAUAUCCCAAACAGUGCUGUCUGGUGGCCCUUUUAUCACUUCUAUGCAGAGCAGCUCUCGCACCUGUGCCCUAAGGAGUGCCCUCACAUCAUCCUUCAAGCCAUCUCUGGGCCCCUGGCUGCAGCCACUGCCUCCAUCCUCACCAACCCUAUGGAUGUCAUCCGGACCCGUGUGCAGGUUGAAGGCAAGAGCUCCAUCAUUCUGACCUUCAGACAGCUAAUGGCAGAAGAGGGGCCUUGGGGCCUCAUGAAAGGGCUCUCGGCCCGAAUCAUUUCAGCUACACCCUCCACCAUUGUCAUCGUGGUGGGCUACGAGAGCCUCAAGAAACUCAGCCUGCGCCCUGAGCUGGUGGACUCGAGACACUGGUAGACACAGCAGGCUGAGUAGCUUGCUGUUUCCCACAUUACGCUGGGCUGGGGACAAAGCAGGGAAGCGAGUGCCCUCUCUGAUGCGUCCAAUCCGUCCCUAGCCUUUUGCGGGGCCAGGUGGCCUGUCUAGGACAGGGGCAGAGACUUUGAACUACUCUUGCUGAAGAGGUUCCAUGCCUGGCUCUCCUGCCCCUACUAUUUUUAAUUCUCCUUUUCAACUAGGCUGCCUCAUUCAAUCCCUAUAUUCAAUCCUGCCCUGAGGACCCCACCCCAGCUGCACCCUGCUAGCUCCUCUCUGGCUUCCUUGCGCCUCUGUCCUGAGGUGCUGAGAAAAGCCCUGCGUGCAGCUCGCUUACCACUGCUGGCUCCUCUUGGGCUUCCAGCCCAGACUGUUAAGCAGCUGCUCCCAGCCCUCUCCCACUUCAUCUCUUACACUUGCUUUUUUAAAAUUUGGGACAGAGCUGCUUCUCCCUGCCUCUUGGGGCAAGUUACCAGGCACUUUUGCACAGGGAGAAUGGCUCUGCAGAGCCCUCAUCCUCUCUUUUGAGCAGUUACUAGGAUAGGGAGAAAAGUUGAUAGUUUAUUUUGUGUGUGUAUUUUUUAAGUGUCUGUGAACUAAGCUAUUGUCUUAGUCCUGCUAGGGCACCAGUCCUGCUAUCAGAGCCUACCCCUUCCUCAGAUAGGUAGAAAAUGACAUGUAGCGUUUUCCUCAGUCCUAGGUUCCUGUCCCAUCUGUAUCCUUUCAGCACCCCUUCCGUCCCAGCAGUCCUCGUACAGUAUGAGCUGUUGGCUUCCUCAGGCCCAGGUGCCUACAGUGGGUGGCACAGUUCUAAGUAGAGCAGCUGUCUGGAGUACACGGGACAUGCAGCACCACCCUGAAAAGUCUGGUUGAGAGAGUGGUUGGUUUGGAAAGCGACAAAAGGCUGUGUGUCACCUACCACAUCUCCUCAGGCCACUGAGCCAAGCCUAGGAGAGAACAGUGGAGGUUCUCGCGGCAGGCGGCCGUAACACAUACGCGCACCCCUGUCGCUCAGACUGGCGGCCACAGAUGUUGAGCUGCUCUCAAGGUGUGGAAUGUUUUUGCUUUCUUUUCCCUGGAUAUGAAGAGUUUCCCUAGUCAUGGAACCCAGUGCUUGCAAGAGAAUAAAGAACAGUUCAGGAAGUCACCCAAUUCUAGGACCACUGCAUUCACCAGCCAGAUACUGCCAGGAUUACCUGAGAUGCUCUCCUUGGGAGCUCGGCGAUGGCGCUCCUUCCCUGCCUCAUCCUCCCCCGCCACCCCUCCUCCACCAAGCCUGUGUUGCCGGCGGAAAGAUGCCGUGAAUGGAAUGAGAAGAUGGACAGUGAGGCUUUGCCUUCCUACUUCCGGACUUUUGGCCUAGAUGAUCCUUAAACCUUUUUAAUGGUCCCGCCCCAGGAAAGGCCACGGUGCCAAUUUGAAAGGUGCUAGUUACCUGAAGCCUUGAUUUCUUAUGGCUGCCCCACGUUCUUCCCUCCUGGCCAGGGAAGAAUCGGAAAAUCACAUUUCUAUAACUUCAUCACUACCACUCCUCAUCUUGGUCCCAUCUGUAAAGGUUUUCUCCCAUUCACUUACCUUUUCUUUGUCCCUUCCUGCAUCUUGUCAAGAGAGCCCAUCAAUUUCUAAAUUCUUAAUUCUAGCCCUUCAAUUUCUAAAUGGCCAGUCAAAGAGUUGAGGCCACAGAUCAUUUGAAUUUUGUGUCCCUUGCCCACUUCUUCACCCUCAGAACCGGCAAUGUAAUGGAGCAAGGGAGCUCCCUCCUCUUUAAGGUUUUUCUAUUAAGACCUUUGGAGAUUGGUUGUCUUAGUUUUCACUUUUUUUUUCCUCCCUUGUCUUCCGUCCUUCCCCACAGUGGCAAGGUGGGUAAAGGAGCAUGGACAGCCGGCCUGGAAACCCCUGCACUUGGGAGUCCGGAGCGGGAGGAACCCAGGUUCGAGGCCGGCUACAUAAAGGGGUCACGGCCAGUCUGGAAAUGUCAUGGAGAGCAGGGUCUCUCUCCCAGACGCCUUCCCUCGGGCUCGUUUUUCCUGCACAAUAUUUCAGUCUUUUAUCUCUCCCAUUCAUAUUCAUCCUCUCUCCUUUUCUUUUUCCUCUCUCUUUCCUCCCUCUCUCUGUUUAAAAGAAUGAUCUGUGUGUAACUGAAGAACUAAAGCGACUUCCGGCCCCCAUUUUCUCUUAAUAGUUUAGGGACAGAUUGGGUUUAAAAUAUGUCUGGGUGAGUAGGGGACAAUGGACUUCUGUUUUCCUAAAACUGGAGACCAAAGCCGCCGAAAGUUUUAAUGUGUUGGUUGGUAACCAAAACUAAAAAAAAACAUACAAAAAACAAAACUUGGAGAGACUGGGAGAGACGGGCAACCUGACGGGAGUACUCAACGCAGGACAGGGGAAUGAUUCAUUUAAAACGAUGAAGUGGACUCUUGUGAAUAUUGUACUAGCGAAUAUUCUCUGUUGCACUGUACGAAGUCUCUGAAGUGUAAUUAAAAGUUUUUAUUGA